UCUUUCAUUCAUUCGGAAAACUAGGAAACGCGCGCCGGUAUUUCACAUGUGUUCUGCGUGUAUUAAAUAACCAACCAAAGAUUUUCAGACAAAGAAUCAAAGCAGUCGUCGCAUAUAUUUUACUUAUUUUACGGUAACAUCAGUGCCUGGAGACCAAAGUUGAAGGUUGUUUGCAGUGUUUUCCCAGUGACCUGAAGUGAACUUCACAGCGCUGAAAGUAGAGUUUUGUUCGCUGUGGUGUUUUGAUAACUUAUCUUCACUAUGCCAAAAAAGAGGGCACCAAAGGGAAAAGGCGGAGCCAAGAAAGCAGAAACCAACGGCACUACCAAUGGUACAACCAAUGGACAAACAAAUGGAGUGAAUGGCAUCACUGAUGACCUCAACGAUGUCGACAUCAGCGCCAACGCCAGGUCAUGUACAGGUGUAUUAGUCUCGCAUCCAGCCAGCUGUGAUCUUAAGAUCAUCAACGUUACACUGACAUUCCAUGGUGUCGAAUUGUUCCUUGAUUCAAAGAUUGAACUCAAUGCGGGUAGGCGGUAUGGUCUACUAGGUCUAAAUGGUUCAGGCAAGUCGACUUUACUGCAUGCAAUAGGGAAGCGUGAAGUACCCAUCCCCCAUCACAUGGAUAUCUUCCAUCUAUCAAGGGAGAUGGCCGCCAGCGACAAGACUGCUCUAGAAUGUGUCCUAGAGGUAGACGCUGAGAGGGUACGACUGGAGAAAGAAUCAGAAGAACUGGCACAUUUAGAAGGCCCAGAGGCUGAAGACAGGCUACUGGACAUCUACGACCGUCUGGAUGAGCUGGACGCCGACAAGGCGGAGGUCAACGCAGGUCGCAUCCUCCACGGUCUUGGCUUCACCAAAGAGAUGAUGCAAACAAAGACAAAAGACUUCUCCGGAGGGUGGCGGAUGAGGAUAUCCCUAGCAAGGGCGCUCUUUGUGAAACCCCAUUUAUUACUGCUCGACGAGCCUACAAAUCAUCUCGAUCUAGAAGCUUGCGUGUGGCUUGAGGAAGAAUUGAAAGAGUACAAGAGGAUAUUGGUUCUUAUAUCACACUCACAAGACUUCUUGAAUGGAGUCUGUACAAAUAUACUUCAUGUACAUAAACAGAAAUUAAAUAGCUAUGGAGGUAACUUUGAUUCAUAUGUGAAGACUAGAAUGGAGCAAGAAGAGAAUCAGAUGAAGAAAUACCAGUGGGAACAGGAUCAAAUUGCUCACAUGAAGGAUUAUAUAGCAAGGUUUGGUCACGGAAGUGCCAAACUAGCCAGGCAAGCUCAGAGCAAGGAGAAGACGCUGAGUAAGAUGGUCGCUGCUGGCCUUACAGAGAAAGUAGUAUCAGAUAAGACUUUAUCAUUCUAUUUCCCGGAAUGUGGCAAGGUGCCACCACCUGUGUUAAUGGUUCAACACGUUUCCUUCCGCUAUGCAGAUGAUAAGCCCCUAAUCUACAAGGAUGUAGAGUUUGGUCUGGACCUGGAUAGCAGGAUAGCCUUAGUAGGGCCCAACGGGGCCGGCAAGUCCACCCUUCUUAAGCUACUGGUAGGAGAGCUGGUCCCAACCGAUGGACUAGUCAGAAAGAACUCACAUCUUAGGAUAGGAAGGUACCAUCAGCAUCUCCAAGACCUAUUGGAUUUAGAUAUGAGUUCAUUAGAUUGGAUGAUGAAAUGUUUCCCAAAGAUCAAGGAAAUUGAGGAGAUGAGACGUAUUAUCGGACGGUAUGGGCUCACAGGCAAACAACAGAUCUGUCCUAUACGUAACCUCUCCGAUGGUCAGCGAUGUCGGGUCAUCUUCGCCUGGUUAGCCUGGCAGUGUCCUCAUCUAUUACUCCUUGACGAACCCACCAACCAUCUCGACAUCGAGACCAUCGAUGCCCUGGCUGACGCCAUCAACGGUUUCGACGGAGGCCUGGUGCUGGUCAGUCACGACUUCCGUCUCAUUAAUCAGGUUGCCAAGGAGAUCUGGGUGUGUGAGAAACAGGCGGUGACUCCAUGGAAAGGCGACAUCCUCUCUUACAAGAGCGCCCUCAAGAAGAAGAUCUUGAAGGACGUCGCCAAGGCCGCUGCCAAGGUUGCAGCCAGUGGAAAAUAACCCCCACGUACAUCCCUACAGCAGUCAUAAUAGACCAGGGGGCCGUUUCAUAAAGCUGUUUGUAAGUUAAGAACGACUGGUGAACCCUUCUUACAAGCUGAACCAUCACCAAUUCAAUAUACCAUUUACCACAAGGAAGGAUCACCAGUCACUCUUAACUUACGAUUAGUUUUAUGAAACACCCACCAGGGGCCAGUAACACAAACCCUAGCAAUCAAUUGUUGUACAAUUAAUUAUGAUUGAUUGCAUUGACCACAAUGUACAGUCAGUCAUUAAAAUCAAUUGUUGUAUCAGUCACUAGGCCUUGUGUUAUGCGACUCUCGAUAUGUUUUCAUUAGGCUGUAUUAGUUCUGUAUGACUAUAUGAAAUAUUGGAACAACCUUACAUGUUGAAUCUGGGUCAGAUUCUUAAUCAUUCAGUUUCCACAAAAUAAAGUUUAAAUCUGCUCUCAGUAGAUUUUGUUUAAUCUAUUUUUGUUUGCAAGCAUUUGACAUAAAUUAUUGUCCAAAUUUGAUCAGGGUUAUAGGAAAUUCAAGUUUUCCGGGGGGGGGGGGGGGGGGGGGGGGUUAGACCGUAGAAUAUUUAAAGUAUCUCAACUUGCACAAGAAUGUUCCAAUCGUUCAUUAAGUCAUGCGUAACUUAAUAACGGCUUCAUGAAACUCCAUUUGGAACCUCUCUAGGUGAUCUUUUCUUGAUCGCUGUAGCUGUUUUUGCCUAUAAGCAAAGGUUGCAACUUAAGGCGACCACACACCCUGCAAUUGGUCUGCGACUCAAUUUUGGAAUUUAAACGUAGAAUUUGAUACUAAUAUUGAGACUUGGAAUAUCUUACUGUGUAAUGUACGAAUAUCUAUAUUCAAAUCUGUGACUAUGCUAUCAUCCUUAGAAUAAAAGCAAAUUUAAUAUCUAGUCGUAAUGACGUCAUAGCAGUCGUACGAUUGGCUACGAUUUGAAACUAAUUUGGCCUUUACUCCAAAUUAAAGACUUAAAAUCUUACAAAAUGGUUAUAUUAGUAUAUUUUCAAUUAAUUUUAACCUCAAAUAAAAUGAUAUUUUCCAUUCACACUUUCAUGAAAUGAGCAAAAUGCGAUUUGGUCAAAAGUUGGAUCGCGAACAGUCGUAAGGUGUGCGGUGGCCUUUACACACUUAAGAUGGGAGAUCUCCUGGGCUGAUGCAAAAUUUUCUGCUCUCACUUGGGUUAGGAUAUUUUUCCACCUUAGCUGCAUUUCUCAUCAUGUUGCUUCUUGAUAUAUUUUUCUCUGUCUUGAAACAAAAAGUCAAGAUAUUUAUAAUGGGACAAUCAGAUUUAUCAUGGAUUAAACAAGAACAAGAUGGUAUGAGAGAGAUUAUAUGAAUCCUCAAAUCUUGGAGGGCAUUAUUUCAUAUCAAGGGGUGUAGUUGCUUUGUUUACAUUAUUAUGUCUCUAUAAAUCAGGCACCUGUGGGCUUUAUUAUUAUACAAUGUACUCAAUAUAUUGUGUAUCACAAUCUUAACCCUUCAAAUGUAAAUAAAAUAAACAUUGCAUAACGUAAAAAGGAAUACGAUUACGUUGUUAGUAUAAUUUCCUGAAAUACCAUGCAUGGUGGCGUAUUGGAAGAUUUGAGAAGGGUCAUAACAUGGCCCGCUGGUAAAGCGAUUUCAUUAAACUGAUGUGGCUACCCCUUGGUAAAUAAAAUAAUGUUAUUGCUAAGGUGUUUAUUAAAUGCUUAGAUAACACAUACAAUGUGAUUCUGAGUAAUUUUGCCUGGCAUUUGCGAUUUGAAGAACAGAUUUUUUUUUUUUUAAUGACUUUUAAAACCAUAGGAAAGUUUUAUCUUUAUUCCCCUUUUUCCAUCAUAAAUGUGUGUGCAAGAUGUUCGUUCGGGUUGCAUUAUGCAAGCAUUAUUGUAAAAAAUAUACAAACUAAGAAAAAAAUAAUGUAUUUAUAUCAUAUUUAUCUACUGCCUCUGAGCAGGAUGUGGUAUUUAUAUCUUAGUGUAAGGUAAAAUUACCUUUGUGUCAAAGGUAUCAUUAUUGAGUCUGCCCUUUCUCCGAAAGACUCAUUACAGUUAUUUAAAUUUUAAUUUCAUUUAUUGUGUGUAAUGGAAAGAAUGACAAGUUGAAGAGUCAUAUGAAGAUAAUGCAAACAUACUUAGGACUAUUAUUAUUGGGUUGUCUUGGAUUUUUUUUUGGGGGGGGGGGAUGGGAUGCUGUUUUGUUUGAGAUUUCUUAAGGGGAUUGGCCCAAAAGUAAGGAAUAUAUGUACUAGAUUCAUGUUAAUAGGGGAAAAUUUUGAGGUUUUUUUUUUUAUGGAGAGUUGGAGAUAAUGUUCAUCUAUUUAAGUUACCCUUUCAAACAAAAUACCAACUCUGUUGACAACUGAAACCUCAUUGAAAAUGGUUUUUGAUAGUAUUGUACAAGUUAAGCAAUUCCUGCGUGUAAGUUGAAAUUUCAGUGCAAAAUUAGAUUGUCAUUAAUCAUGUUAUGCCGAGUGUAAAGCAGACUCGCAGAGUAUAAGAAUGUCAUUUUCUAUUCAGUUGAUAAUUCACAUAUUUCAUUACAUCAAAAUUAUAUGGCAGCAUGAUUUAAUAUAUGGAAUACUAGUAUAUAUAUCCUCAAGUAGAUUUUGAAGCACAAAAUUUCCCCGAGCACUGGGUUAACAGAUAUCAUAUGGAAAUCCUUCAUCAGGGCACCCAUUUUUUUUUCUCUCCCAAAUAAUAGUUUGCAUGUAUUAUUGUUUUUGCCUGAAUUUAAUGCUUAUGGCAUUGUUAUUUUUGCACAACUAUAGACUUUUUAAUGUGUAGUGAAUAAAUAAUUUGAUUAAACUUAUGUUAGCAUGGAAUUAAACCGUAUUUAAAACCAAA